AUGUCUGCAUCAUCAUUCGUCUCGUAUUCAUUUUUAGGUCAUACAUUCUAUGUCAAUCCCGGUUGGCUUGCGGAGUUAUCAAGUUUUUUUGCAACAAUGUUUUUCCUUAAUAACGCGGGAGAAGAUAUAAUUCUAAGCGAUGAAGUAAAGUAUGAGAACUUCUUAGAAUUGCUACGAGUUCUGUGUUAUUGUCCUACUCGAAAACCCAUAACAGUUACAAACGUUAUUACUGUAUUAAAGAUGGCUCAUUAUUUUGGAUUCAAGGCGCUGGUAGAAGAAUGUGAAAAAGUUAUCACUGAAAAGGUAAUUAAUUUAGAUAAGAUAAAAUUAUUUCAAAUCACUUGCGCUAUGGCGGAACAUGAUCGUUACUCUCCGACUACGACAUUACUUAUUGACAAAUUAUCAAAAAUGAAACAGAAUGAGCUCGCCUCAUUGCAUUUUUCAAAGGUGAUGUCGCACUCCUAUUCAGAAUUCGAUUUUUCUCAUCAAAUGCGUGUAGCAUGCAGUGACUCGACUUCCUUUGCAAUUUAG